UCUAGCUCGGCCGAGCAUUGUGACCAGUACUGCGUUAACAGCCCGUAAGACCCCACACGGCACUGCAGCCCUAGGGCUGGACCCAGAGCUCUGCUGAGUCUCAGAAAACGUUCUCCACGGAGUCUUUGAAACCGGCCUCCACGCUUCUGGCAGCUGCUGUCUGUCACCCACACAGAUGGGGGUGAAGAAGAAGAAAGAGAGUCAGGUCAUCGCACUGUCUGUGUGUCACCAAGACCUCAGCACCUUGAAAGCUCUGGCUGAGGGGACCCCAGACUCGUUUGCAUCUGUGCUGCUGCACUGCGUGGAGCUCACCGACGGCGUCUCUCAGAUCCAGCGGAUCAAGCAGAUUGUCCCCUUCCUGGAGAAGGCUGGUCAAAAUGGCACAUGCGACCCCACCGUUCGAAGCUGUUUGGACAUUUUGGCCGGCAUUUAUUUUUCUCUGGGCCUAAAGAAUCCUUUGAAGAAAGUCGUGGCUAGCGUCCUGGACAGUCUUCCUGGGGCUCUUGUGACGGCCGCAGAGCAGGGCCUCUGCUCUCGUCUGCAGGAGGAGCUGAGAGUGCCAGCCGUGGGAUCCCCCCGAGGGGUCCUGGACAACCUCGCCUCCUGCCUGGACAACUUCUGCCUAGGUGGUGCCAGCAUUCAGAGCCUGCUUGACGAGGUGCUGAACUUCCUGCUGCGGAAUCUCCGGGAUAUCUCAGAAGAAAACAGAAGAUGUGCCGGGAAUCAGAUUGUGCAGACGAAGCUGAUGAGUGACCUGUUGGCAGGUGUUCGAGUUUCCAUGCUGUUAGUGCAGAAAGUUCAGGAGCUCCGGGACAUCAGCCCAGAGGCUUGCCAUUCCCCCACUUGGCAGAGUUUGUGUGGGCUGCUGGACCUCUUCUCCAUGUUUCUCGUCGAUGAUGACCUGCUGCGGACAAUCCAGAGCACGUGCGGUCUCGCUGUUGUCCUCUUUGUCAAGACGAUGCUCCAGUCUCCUGAGGAGAUGCCCAACGUGAUCCGAGUGCUUCUUCUGGGCUCUGAGUUUGACGCCUCAGCCCCCGAGUGGCUACAGAGUUGCUGUGGGAGGCUCUGUGGGGCCUGUGUAUCCCCGGCGGCCCGCCUGUUCCUGUGCCAGGGGGCACUCAGCAUGCUGGACUGGAGGGCUGGGCACAUGGGUGCGAGAGGCGAGGCCCUGCUCCUGGACACGGCGCGUGAGCUCUUCGCCCUGGACCCACAGAUUAAGGAGGCUGCACUGGAAACGUUUCUGUCCCGAAUUCUGGCUUCUUGGACUCAUGCUGCCAUCCUGGUCCUCGAGGGUGGCUCCCUGGGCCUGGGGGACAGUCUGCAAGGGGACUCGCCCAUUGUGGGGCAGCUCCUGGACUACAUCUCCACGCACUGGGAGCACCCCUUGGACGCCCUGCGCCACCAGACCCAGGUCAUCUUCCGCAACCUGCUACGGAUGCACCAGCUCACGGUGGGGCCGGCUGCCCAGGCCUGCGGCAGCUUUGUCUCCAAGUUGAGCGAGCGCCUGCUGCGGCUGGACUGGCACGUCCGCGGGAAGUACGCCUGCCUGGCCUGCCUGGUGGACAGCGUCGGGGUGGAGCGGGUGCUGGCGGCGGCCCCCACACUCCCGUCCCAGGUCUUAGAGGUGAUGGGGGACCAGACUCUGGUGCCACACGCCAGCGACCUCUUGGAAACCAUGUUCACCAGCCACAAGCGCCACCUGCAGGCCCAGGCCGGGAGUGGCCCGUGGAUCGACAGGUGGCAUGAGACCUGGGUCGCGCCGCUGCUUGCCGUCCUGUGCUCGGGGAGCCAGGCGCAGAAAGGCCACGUGAUCGAGUACUGCCUGCCCAGGCUGCUCUGCUGUAGCCCCGACAGCCUGGCCUACAUGGUGGAGAGUUUGCAGGCUACCGCUGAGGCCGACACGGGGGCAGGAAAGCAUGCAGGGACGCUGGGGGCACUGAUGGCGUGUCUGCGCGUGGCCCGCGCCCACGGUUACCUGCACUCAGCCUCCGACGCCUGGCGGGUCCUGGUGAGCGGUGCCAGGAUGCAGCAGGGCCUGGUCCACCGGCACAGCCAGGUACGCAUGGAUUCCCUGGGGCUGCUGUGUGAAAGCCAGCGCACCUCAGCACCCGCCUCAGCCGAGGAGAUCCGUGGGGCGCUCUUCUUCCUCGCCUAUAACCUCAACAGCCCGGCCCCCGGCGUGCGGCAGCUCAGCUGUGCACUCCUCCGGAAGCUGUUCUUUAGGAUCCGGGAGAGCUCGCAGGCUCUUUAUAAACUGGAGCAGAAGGCAGAGCUCGAGGGGGCUCUCGGCACACAGAGACCCCCUGUCUCUGUACAGCAGUACCAGUGCUUCCUGGCAGCCGUGUGCGACACGCUCUUCCAGGCGCUGGGCCCGGGCUCGUCCUACGCCUCGAAGUUCUCAGCCUUGACCCUUCUGGGCUCCAUCGCCGAAGUGUUCCCCGAAGGGGCAGCCCAGACCGUGUACCGGCUGAGUGACAGCAUGGACGGCGCCCGUGUCCAGACCCUGCUGCACUGCCUCAGCAGCACCUUUGAGGAGGUGAAAGCGGCGGCCUGUGACCUGCUGAUGCUGCUGCCGAGCUCCGUCCUGCGAUUCCAGGGCCCAGAGCAGCCGCCAGUCUUGUUCCAGGCAGCCAUGGAACUCAGCACCAGCACCAAACCCUACGACUGCGUCACGGCCGCCUACAUGCUGCACUUCCUCAUCGGACGUGACCUUCUACCACCCCAUCUGCCUUCCUGCACUGAUACCCCACCAGCUGCCCCCGAAGCUCUGCUGGAGUGGAACUCCCUGCGGGUGCUCCAGUGCCUGCUGCAACUCCUGGAGGAGGACCUAGGCCCAGCCGAGCACUCCCUGCUGCAGGCAGCCGCUUCGAGCCCGCUGUACGGCCGUGUGCACUGCCUCACCGCCAUCCUCAGAGCACUGCCGCUGCGGGAGCUGCAGCUCGUGAGCAAGUGGAGAACUAUGGUGCGCAGGCUCCUUGCCACUGCCUACAGGCUGUCCGCUGUGGUGGCCCCCGUGGUGCAGAGCUCCUCCCCAGAAGGCCUUAUCCCCAUGGAUACGGACCCAGAGUCCGCCAGCCGCUUGCAGGUGAUUCUGGAUGAGAUUCAGCCCCGAGACACUAACUUGUACUUCAAGGAAGCCAGAAUCCUGCAGGGCCCCAGUGCCUUGGAUCUGGGGUCCCUGGGCACCAACCUGCCGAGCCCCGAGGUUCCUGCGGGAGGCAAAGGCGAGGGUGAAAACGGGGGUGAGGAUGAGGACAGGGCCGGGCGCGCGUGCGAUGUGACGGCGCAGAUGGUGCUGGUCUGCUGCUGGAGGAGUAUGAAGGAGGUGGCCCUGCUGCUGGGCACCCUGUGCCAGCUCCUGACAGCGCCACCUCGGCCAGAGGCUCCUGACGGGCUGCUGACAGAGGAGCAGGUCAAGGAAAUUGGGGAGUACUUUAAGCAGCGUCUUCUGCAGUCCAGACACAGAGGAGCCUUUGAACUGGCUUACACUGGCUUCGUCAAACUCACGGAGAUCCUGGGCAGAUGUCCUAACGUGAAUCUUCAGAAGCUCCCGGAACAGUGGCUAUGGAAUGUCUUGGAGGAAAUCAAGAGCAGUGACCCCUCGUCUAAACUCUGUGCUACCAGGCGCAGCGCAGGCAUCCCGUUCUACAUUCAGGCGCUGUUGGCAUCGGAACCUAAGAAAGGCAAAAUGAAGUUGUUGAGGGUGACGAUGAAAGAGUUACUGUCCUUGGCCGGGUCUGCAGGCAGCUCACAGAGCACCAUUCCCCAGGUUCAUGCCUUAAACAUUCUCCGAGCCUUGUUCAGAGACACGCGUCUGGGAGAGAACAUCAUCCCCUACGUCGCCGAUGGCAUGAAGGCUGCUGUCCUGGGCUUCACCUCCCCAGUCUGGGCAGUUCGCAAUUCAUCCACACUUCUCUUCAGCACAUUGAUCACGAGAAUCUUUGGAGUUAAAAGAGACAGGGAUGAACUUUCCAAGAAAAACAGGAUGACAGGGAGCGAGUUCUUCUCCCGCUUCCCCGAACUCUAUCCCUUCCUCCUCCAGCAGCUGGAGGCUGUCGCUGACCAUGUAGACAGUGAGCCUGGAGCACUGGCUGAGCGGCCCAACCUGUUCCUGCUGCUGCUGGUGCUGGAGAGGCUGUACCCCUCCCCAAUGGACGGCGCCCACUCCGCACUCAGUCUGGCGCCCUUCCUACCCCUAAUCACCAGAUGCGGCCGCUCCCCUGUCUACCGCUGCCGGGAGAUGGCAGCUCGGGCCCUGGUCCCAUUGGUCCCCGCUGACGAGGUGCCCUGCACUGUCCAGGCUCUGCUGGCCAAACUCCCCGGCCCCAAGGACCGCAGCUGGCGGCAGAACCACAUCCAUGGGACACUGCUCCAGGCCUCCCACCUGCUCAGGGCCUUCGUGGACACCACACACAGGACACACCCACACUGGCAGCAGGACCUGAGCGCCGUGGUUGCACAGGCCUGUGCUAAAGACUGGCUGGCUGGGAGGCAGAACCCAUGUCUGGUGACCCGAGCUGUGUACCUGGACCUGCUCUUCUUGCUCACACGCUGCCUCGAUGGGUCCACGGGAUGUCCCUCUGCAGAAAGUCCAGCACUGCAGCCUCCUGGCUUCUGGGCCAACGUCAGAAGGAUCCUUGUGGCCUCGGAGCUGAGGACCAGCUUACACCCAGGCUCCUCAGCCCCGGGCCUGCCGCAGUACCUGGGGAGCCUCACCCGGCUGGCCCUGGCUGCAGCGUGGGGCCAGGACUUCCCAAUCCCUCUCUCCACCCUCCUGGGCACAUCUCUCCCGGAGCUGCGCCUGCUGGCACUGGAUGCUCUGUGGGAAAGGCUGUCGGCUCCGGGCAGGCCAGCCCUGCCCUCUGACCUGGGGACCACCGUCCUGGGGCUGGCUGUGACGGAGAGCCAUGCUGGGUGUCUCUGCAAGAUGCUGCGGAUCCUCGACCACGUGGACCCUGCUGAGUGGCUUCCCCAGGUAGAUGCUCGUGCCCGGCUGAGCCCGAAGGCGUUCCUGAGCUGGACCCUCGACCUCGCUUCCCGUGAUAGGCCGGAGACACCGAGCGUCGCGCUGAGACUCGCCUCCAAGGUGAUUGCCGGCCACCUGCGAACCAGCAAGGAGCUGGGGGCCACGGAGCUAGAACGCUGGGCCGAGCUGGUCACAGCGGCUUGUGCGGAGCACCAGCCCCCAGAGGCCCAGCUGUCCGCUGCCACAGCCCUCUCUAGCACUGCAGCCACAGUGCUCGCCAGCCCCCAGCCCGUGCUAGGGCUUCCACACAUCCUGGCCCUCUGGAGGGGCGUCCUCACACUGCUGCAGAGCGAGGACCAGGCCGUGCGGGACAUGGCCUCCGAGACAGUGAUGGCUGCCCUGUCGCAGGAGAACACCCACCAGGCGACAGACUUUGCCUUCUGCCCUGUGGACGCCGCUGUGGCCCUGCCCCUGGCUGUAACUGUGCUCUGCCACCUGCUGCGACAGUGGGACCAGCUGGACCCCGGCCUGCCUGUGGUGCUGGGCUGGCUGCUGGAGGACAGCCCUGACAUAUCACACCUGCUGGAGGGCACGCAGGAGGAGGGGGAUGGCCUGUUCGACAAGGAUGCCGUGAGCCUGUGGGCCGAGCCACUGCGUUUUGUGCGGCACCUCUGCGGGCCCGUCUCUCAGCUCCUGGCACAGCCCGGCAUCCCCCGUGACACCACGCAGCUCAGCCACCUGCACAGGAUGGCCACCGAGCAGCUCAGCCGUGUGUCCCAGCAGCUAUGCGCACUCCCGCCCGCUGCCGCCUUCCUGCACACAGCCCAGUGGAUUCAGCUGCGCGUGCAGGAGGAGAGUGCCCAGGCCUGUCUGCAGCUGCUGGGCCCUCCACAGGGGAAGGUGCCCAGCACGCCCUGGGCCUUGGGCCCCAGCUUCCCAUCAGAAGCAGAAGCCUGAGAAAGAAGGCAAGUCUCUGGGCGGCCCCACUCUGUUCUGCCUUCCUGGAGGAAGAGGCUGCAGCUGUUACAGGGGACAGUGAGACCCUUGUUCCCACCAUACCACUAUGUCCUCAUUUCUGAGCAACCGGACUCAGUUG